AUGGGCGACGAAACAAGCCCUCCCGACCCUCACUCCCUCAUUCCAGCCUUCAAAUUCGAACGCAUCCUAAACCAAGACCAAGCAGGCCGCCGGAUAAUCCUCCAUGGCACACUCUAUACGCACCCCGCGCUCCUCAUCCUCGAACGCGCUCCCUUCCCCACCAGCACCUCCUACCUAAGCAGCCUCCCGCACACCCUCAGCACCCUCCGUAACCUCGGCGCAAACGACGUCUAUUUCUGGUACCUCGCCUCCUCCCCCUCCCCUCUCCCAUCGCCAUCUGCAAAUGUCGGGGAACUAUCAGAUUUGAAAAUCAACUUGAUAUACCCAUGUACUGCACAGCACGUCGCGAAAUACUCGCCGCAGGGCGUACGGAUGGUUACGGAGACAGCACAGGUAUAUUGGGAGAGGGUGAGGCCGUAUAUGGAUGGGAAGCGCCAGGGGGGGCGCUUGAAUUGGGUGUAUAAUAUCAUAGAAGGGAAAACCGAAGUCGAGGAUGUGAUAUUCCGGACCCCAUUGCAAGACACGCCCAACGACGAGGGUUUCUUAUUACUACCGGACCUGAACUGGGAUCGCAAGACGAUGAAUAGUUUGCAUUUGCUGGGACUGGUGGAGAGGAGGGAUCUGUGGAGCUUGAGGGAUUUGAGGAAGAGGCAUGUGGGGUGGUUGAGGCUGAUGCGGGGGAGGUUGGUGGAUGCUGCGGUGGGGUGUUAUGGUGGGGUGGGGGUCGAGGAGGAUCAGUUGAAGCUGUAUGUACAUUACCAGCCGACGUACUAUCAUUUCCACAUCCACAUCGUACAUGUAGCGUUCGAAGCGGGCGCCUCACAAGCAAUAGGCAAAGCGAUAGGGCUAGAGAGUAUCAUUGCGACGCUGGAGGCUAUGGAGGGGGGUGAGGACGCGGGGAUGGAGAGUCUGGAUAUGUGCUAUACGGUGGGAGAAGCGAGCGAGUUGUGGACUGGUAUUUUUGAACCUCUUAAGAAGGCGAGUCGUACAGUUUCUGAACUGCAAUGA